UCCUUCUCAUUUCUCAAACUUUGUGCCGAAUCCCUCAAUUGUAUAUCAGUGUUACCACUGCUCUUUCUCUCCUACCUCUGAAAUACAGUAUUCAGAAAGCACCAGCAAAGAUGUUAAUGUCCACCCACCAACGCCUAUAAUCUCUCUCUCUCUCUCUCUCUCUCUUUCUCUCUGUCUUCUGAAAGACUGGAACUUUUGCUGUCUAUCUCUCAAGAUUUCUCUUUCCUCCUCAGUUGGGAGUCACAUUUUGCCUCUGUUAUCAGUCUUGGACAAAACUCAGAGGAAAAUAAUUAUACGAAACAUAAUCAUAAUUUCGAAUAAGCUCUUAUAUUUUGUUCAUGUUCUUAGCUUUUCACACUUUUUGGUAUGUGAAUUAUAUAUAUUCACCAUCUCCAUAGCUCAAUGCCCAUUUAGCUGUUUUCCGCCUCUCUCAGAUCUACCAGCACCCCAUCCCCAUUUCCUAAUUUCCUGCAUAUUGAUUUUUCCUGUAACAUUCAGAUUAAGGAAAUGAGCAAGGAAGAGUUCUUGAAGAUCCAGACCUGUGUUCUAAAAGUCAAUAUACACUGUGAAGGGUGUAAGAAUAAAGUGAAGAAAAUCUUGCAGAGGAUUGAAGGGGUUUAUACCAUAAACAUCGAUUCGGAAUGGGGGAAGGUUACUGUUUCUGGAAAUGUAGACUCUGCUACUUUGAUCAAGAAGCUGAUGAAGAAGGGGAAACACGCGGAGUUAUGGGGGAGCCAAAAGGCCAAUAAUAACAAUCAGAAUCAGUUGAAGAAUUUGCAGAUUGAUAGUGGUAAAGGUGGGAAUGGCAACAAGGGGAAAGGCGAAAAGGGGACUAACAACCCGAAUCCAAUGCAGAUGAAAGGUGGAAAUCCUGGAAUGGUUCUUCCCCAGCAGCUUCAACAGAUGAAGGGUGGAAAUCCUGGAAUGGUUCUUCCCCACCAGCUUCAACAGAUGAAGGGUGUUCAAGAUAUGAAGAUUUUGCCCCCUCAGUUCAAGGACUUGAAGAUCCCGGCGAAUUUGGGCGGGGGCAACCCCAAGACUGUCAAAUUCGACUUGCCCCAGGAGGAUGACUUUACUGAUGACGAGUUUGAUGAUGAUGAUGAUGAGUAUGAUGAUGAAGAAGAUGACGAUGAUUAUGAUGAUGAUGAUGAUGAUUUUGAUGAUGAAAUGGACAUUAUGCCUCCCAACAAGAUGAAGCCUGUGAUGGGCAAUGGGGGCGGUGGUGCUCAGAUGCCGAAUAUAAUGCAUUUGAUGAAUGGGAAUGGGAAGAAAGGUGGAGUUAUGCCACAGAUGAACAUGGGAGGUGGUAAUAAGGGUGGCGGUAAUCAAAUUCAAGGCGGUGGAUCGCCCAAAAAGAGUGGCAAGAAUGGCGGUGGACAUCCUCAAGAUGGAAAGAACAGUGGCGGUGGCGGUGGCGGAGGCGGAGGCCAUGGUGGUGGUCCUAACUUCAACGGCAAUGGGGGCAAUAAAGGGGGUGGAAUAAUGAACAAUGGGCUACCAAGCAUGCCUAACAUGAUGGCAAUGAAAGCCAGUGUUCCUAAUAUGGGGCCAAUGCCAACAGGCCAAAUGGGUCAUCAGAUGGGUAAUCUUCCAAUGGGCCAAAUCCCGGCAGUGCAAGGCUUACCGGCCCCCGGUAUGAGCUCAGCCCGCAGCAAUGGAGGUUACUUUCAAGCCUCCGGCCCCGAGAUCCUUGCAGGAAACCCCUACCAGCAACAGCAAAUGGCCGCAAUGAUGAUGAACCAGCAGCAUGCCAAUGGGAACGAACGGUUUCAGCCAAUGAUGUACGCUCCUCAGCCACCCGCUGUGAACUACCUGCCCCCGCCUUAUCCUUACUAUCCCUAUCCCCAGCCAAGUGACAACUACGGCUCCAUGUUCAGCGACGAGAACCCUUCAGCUUGUAAAGUCAUGUGAGUUGUGCUAAUACGCUGAUCUCUUGUGGUGGUCGUGGUCGUGGUGGUGGAUGGUUAUUUGCCCGGGUGGUAGUGCCAAACAUAGUUCAGUGACUUUGCUAGCCUAUUAAGAUGCCAUAAUAUACAAGGAUAUGAAUAUUCCAUUUGGUUGCUAUUUAGUUUUGCCUUCAUUCCCCAUUGCCUUUUCUUAGGCUCCUUUUGAUUUUAUAUAUAUAUAUAUAUAUAUAUAUAUAUAUAUAUAUAAAUUCUAUAAGUUUAGAGGUAUUUGAUAGAGUUGGAUGUAAUGUUUGUACAUGUAAGUUGAAAAUCAUAAAAUAAGAUGAAAACUAGAAUGGGUUUUUAUCAGAAA